GAACACAAGUUUCUUGCAACCCCACAUUUUAUCUUGUCUGUAAAUAGUAGCAUUUCUAAGGAUAUUUCCAUUUAUGUAGGGCUAAAUGCGAACAGAUUUUAUCAAUUGCAUGUGAAUCCUACAUACCAAAUGAUCAUUGAUCAUGUCUUCAAAGCUAAAACAAGAAAAACAAGAGAGCCUGUUGAAGACUAUAGAUGUGCAGAAGGAACAGCUGUCCCGUUAUGAAUCCAGACUGAAAGAUCUUGUUCGGGCAUACAAAAGCCUCAAUAAAGAGAAGGAGGCCCUGGAAGCUAGUUUGAAAGCAUUAUCUACAAGCAAAUCAGGACAGUCAUCAAAGUCAUCAAAGAAGUCAACAGACACCAAAGAUGGAGCUGAAAAGGAAAAGGAGAAAACCAGUGAAGAUGCUCAGUCUCAGCUGGCCACAAUUACUGCUUCCAUGCAAACUCUCCUGGAAGAAAAAUCCAAAAUGGAGAACAACUACAUGGCAGAUCGAAAGGCCAUGAAGGCUGAUCUCGAUAAGACCCAGGCAGAGUUGAGGGAGGCCACUCGAUCACUCUCUGAUGUUAAAGAUCGUCUAGCGCGAUCUCAAAGAGAGCGAGAAGAGGAAACGAAAAACUACACCGAAAUGCUGCGGGAGUCCCAGGAGGUGCUCUGUCGGGAGCGCGAGCUAGCUCGUCAGACUGAGCUCCGUGCUGCCGAUCUGGAGGCCGAACUCAACCAGCGUCACGCAGCGGACACGCGUACUCUAGAGAUGACGGAAAACGCCGACAGAUGGCAGGCUAGGGUCGCCGAACUAGAACAGACUCUAUGUGAUCGCGAGGAGCGCACCUCUAGUCUGGAGAGUCACAUCGCGGAGGUGUCCGCCUCGCUGGGACGGUACCAGCAGCAGUCGGUGGCUGAUCAGGCCUCCAUCGACCGGCUCAAGGACCAGGUGACCCGCCUGGAGGAGGAGGCCCGUCAGCGGAGCCGCUCCUCGCCCUCCGACUUCAUCAGUAACGAGCCAUCGGCCGGCGACCGGGGCGGUCCAGACGUGGCCGCCACGGUGCACCAGCUGGCCUCCUGGCUGAAGGAGACGCCCCAGGAGCGGCCCGAACUGCUGCUGGCGCCACUCAAAGAGUUGCUGUCGGAUGGAGAUGACACCGACUGGCGCCAGGAGUACAGAUACCUCAAGGAGGAGUUCGAAAAGUACAAAGUUCGCGUCAUGGCCGCCAGGAAAAGGGACCCCGGCCAGGCGACGUGUCCGUCGGUGACCACCGAGCUGGACACGCUCCGGAAGCAGAGCGAGGAGCUGCGACUGCGUCUGAGAAAAACCUGCGAGGAGCGGGACGACCUCGAGAGGACGCUGCGCUCGCAAGUCAGCCGGCUGGAGCAGAGCGAGGCCGACCUGCGGAUGGCUCACCGCUCCCAGCUGGCGUCUCUGGAGACUCAGCAGCGGCUGCGGCUAGCCGAGCUGGAGCAGCAGCUGGCCGGCCAGCGGCUGCGCACCUCGGCUCUGCUCGAGGAGCGCGACGCCGAGCUGCGCCAGCUGCGCGAGGCGGCCUCUGGCGCGCAGCCGGACACGGCCGCGGUGUCGGCCUCACUCUCCCAGCUGGGCCUGGAGCGGCACGAGGGACAGAUGCUGCACUACAUGCAGGAGGUGGCGAGGAAGGACAAGGAGAUCUCGAACCUGCGCCGGACCAAGCACCAGCUGGAGUCCACCAUGCGGCAGCUGCAGAACAAGAUGCUCGAGAGGGAGGAGGUGCUGCAGGACGAGGCUGAGACGCUCAGGGAGAAAAUCAGACGAUUGGAGCUAAACUCGUCUCGGGAGGGCGCCAAUCUCGAGUACAUCAAGAACAUCGUGGUGCGGUACCUGCUGUCUACCGACGCCGCCCAGAAGGCACACAUUCUGAACGCCAUCUCGACGGCGCUGCGAUUCUCCGACGACGAGCUGCGCCGCGUCAGACAGUGUCAGACCGCCACCUGGUGGCCGGCGGGAGCGGCCCAGAGGUGAGCCCGUGCUGCCAUCUGUUGGAAAGUUACGGUACUUAUAGUGUUGUACCGGCGAUGGAACAGGCGGCGCUAUAUGAUAAGAGCAUGGCGCAGGUCACACCGUUUCGCUCACGGAGGAGAGGAAUUACGUUCAGAUGUGCCUGCCACCGACCGGCCGAGGAGGGAACAGCUGGACGCCUUGGUGAAGUUAUCUGGGGACAAGAGCACCCUUCAAAGCUUACAUUGUGAUAAAGAAAUCACUAUCGAGUGAACGGGUCAGGUCCUUGCCAGUUUUUGCAAUGUCACGGCUAAGUGGAAUAGCAGCAAGCCUGAUUGCUGUAGGCUAGGAAGACGGUCUUUUGAAUGCUAGUUUGACAUAAGGGUAGCGGUAUUUAUAAUUGCUGUAGGACAAAGUUUUACAGAUUUGCGGUCUGCCCCCAUCACCAAUUUGUCGCAGGGUUAUCCAUUUGCCAAUGGUUCCAGGCCUCUUCCCGCCUUUACCAAUGUCUGUAACCCUCUGAGACGGAACAGCUGUUUUUUUUCGACCAAACGACAUUCCGGUGAUGCCAGCACCUUAGCGUAGUAAGUCACUGCUUCAGCGUCUGUUGCGUGUCUUACUCGCUCUGGUUUGUCGUGAUAUGAUUUGGACGUCACCAGAGCACCCAGUGAGGCAUAUUAUGGAGUAACGUAUUUGCAGAGGGUUGAUGGGCGCACCUUGAAUGUGACGUGCUCUGCAGCAUCCGGGAGAGCGCAUGUGCAGCUCUGCUCGAGUUCCAUUUGCCUUCUGUGUCCAACAUUCUGACUAGGCGAGUGGCUGUUCGGACCGCCUCUGUGAAUGGGUUUGUUCCCGUCGCUCCUCUAACCUCCUCCAAGCUCCUCUAACCUCCUCUCGUUUCAAAAAAUCGUUCCCGUCGCUCCUCCAAGCUCAUCCAAGCUCAUCUUGAUUUCACAUCUCACCACCACUAUUUGCCUCCUCCCUCAUCCCAAACGAAAGUUGGUUUUUUGGAGGAGGCUCUUGCGUAGACAUAUUUGGCGCACGUAAUACAAAUGUGAAUUGUUUAUAAAUGAGAUUUGAGGGAAGUGGAAAUGAUUUUAGUGAUUGAUGACAAUUGGAUAUCUUUAAAUAGUAAUGUUUGAUAUUAAUCUAAGGUAAUUUUAUUAGAAAGCGAUUAUUAUCUCUUGAUUUAUGUUUGCGCGCCAUAAAUCGCCGACCGUUACAGCCCGCAAACAGCUGAUUUCCUCGCUAAAAUGUUCCCGUGGCUCCUCUGAAACGGCUCUCCUCCAAGCUCAUCCAACCUCAUCCGAGAUUUUUUGGGAGGAGCGACGGGAACAGACCCUAUGUUUGUGACCACUUCAUUGCCAUUACCUCUAAAGUUGUGAGCACUAUGUGAACAACCACUACACCCAUGAGAACAGUAAAGCUCGGUUCCCAUCCAGUCUUCCCAUCCUCAGACCACCAAAGUUCGUCAUGGCCUUUUGUCAAAGUUCAUAUCCGUAGUGUCCCGUGCUGUUACGAAGUGUGAACUGGUUCGAAGUGUGAACUGGUUGUGAGGCAUCAGACCUGUUCCCGGAUUAUAGCCUGAACGAGUGCCCACAGCGAUAUGAACGAGUGCCCACAGCGAUAUGAACGAGUGCCCACAGCGAUAUGGUGAUAUGAAUUUAGGUACCGGACGCCGUGAGGACUGUCGUAUCGCGCUGGUGUUACCUGUUGGUGCCGUUAUAUUUCGCUGGGGACCUGUGAUACAGUGUGUUUUACCAGUGUUUUACUACCGCUGGAUGAAAGGAUAAUAUAUUAUUUAAGCAUCACA